UCAGGAGCCUUCGGUUAGCCUACAUUCCGCUCCUGGAAAAUCUGAUAAACAAACUUGCGCCGCUUGACAACUAAAGAGUUCAUCUGGUUUUACUUUAAAUUAGGGAUAUUGCAGGCCACAAGACACAAACUAACUAAUAGAUAAUGACGGUAAACACAGAUUCAGAUAAUGUCCGUGUAAUUGUGAGAUGUCGCCCAAUGAAUGACAAAGAAAAAGAAAUGGGCACUAAGAUGGCUGUGAAAGUGGAUGAAGUAAGAGGCAGCAUUACUGUUGCAAAUCCUGGAACACACUCAUCAGACCCACCCAAAGUAUUCACUUUUGACAGAGUCUUUGCUCCUGAAUGUAAACAGACUGAUGUUUAUAAUGAUGGGGCAAGGCCGAUUGUCGAGAGUGCUAUAGAAGGAUAUAAUGGAACAAUUUUUGCUUAUGGACAAACUGGUACUGGAAAGACGUUCACUAUGGAAGGCAUAAGGACAGUUCCUGAGUUGAGGGGAAUUAUCCCAAAUUCGUUUGCACAUAUUUUUGGUUUUAUUGCAAAAAUGGAUGAGGAUGUAAGGUUUCUGGUAAGAGUUUCAUAUCUUGAAAUUUACAAUGAAAAUGUCAGAGAUCUAUUAGGAAAGGAUCAAAAAGCAAAGCUCGAGGUCAAAGAGAGACCAGACAUAGGUGUUUAUGUCAAGGAUCUUUCAUCAUAUGUGGUAAAUAAUGCAGAUGACAUGGACAGGACAAUGACAACUGGAAACAAAAACAGAUCUGUUGGCGCAACAAACAUGAAUGCAACUUCCUCAAGAUCUCAUGCAAUUUUUACAAUAACUAUCGAGAGAAGUGAAAAGGGCAUUGAUGGGCAGCAACAUGUUCGAAUGGGCAAAUUGCACAUGGUGGAUUUAGCGGGAUCCGAGAGGCAAGCAAAGACUGGGGCUGCAGGUGAUAGAUUGAAGGAGGCAAACAAUAUCAAUCUAUCACUGUCUACACUUGGAAAUGUCAUUUCAGCCUUGGUCGAUGGAAAAAGUACCCAUAUACCAUAUCGAAACUCAAAGUUAACCAGGCUUCUCCAGGAUUCUCUCGGAGGAAACUCCAAAACAGUCAUGAUCGCAAACCUUGGGCCAGCCCACUACAAUAUUGACGAAACAGUAAGCACAUUGAGAUACGCAAAUCGAGCAAAGAACAUUAAGAACAAAGCAAAAAUCAAUGAAGAUCCGAAAGAUGCUUUACUCAGGGAGUUCCAGAAAGAGCUGGAAAAACUUAAGGCACAGUUAGCAGAGGGUGGUGAAAUAAGUGGAAGUGGAGAGGACGAUGACGAUGAAGAGCCUGGGCAAGACGGAAAACCCCGAAAGAAGCAUAGAAAAGGCACAAGAUGUAUGUCACCAAGAGAAGUUGCUAAAAUGCAGCACCAAAUUGAGAUAGAGCGAAAAAAUCUGCAAGAAAAAACUGGCUUGGCACAAGAGGAGCGUGACAAGGCAGCAAAUGAACUGGAAAAACGCGAGAGUGAAAUUCUGAAGGCUCAGGAGGAGCAGAAAAAGUUGCAGGAAAAGUUGAAAUCUAUUGAAUCGAAAAUGAUUGUUGGAGGAGUGAAUUUGUUGGAGAAAGCUGCGGAACAGGAGCGUCUUCUGGAAGAAUCUGCGAAGGAGAUGCAAGAACGACGAACAAAAGAAGAGGAACUUAGAAAAAAGAUCGAGGAAAGAGAGGCUGAAAAAAUUGAUAUUGAAGAGAAGUAUGCCAGUUUAAAAGAAGAAGCAGUGGGGAAAUCAAAGAAGCUGAAGAAGGUGUGGAACAUGUUGAUGGCAGCCAAGUCAGAGGUUGCUGAUAUGAGGGAAGAGCAUCAACGUGAAACAGAAGGUCUGCUUGACAGCAUUAGAGAAACCAGCAAAGAACUCAAACUAUUACAGCUUACAAUGGAUUCUUAUAUCCCAUACGAGUUUCAGGAAUUAAUUCAAAGAAAUGUCAGCUGGAAUGAAGAAAUUGGAGAAUGGCAGUUGAAAUUCGUUGCUUAUACUGGCAAUAAUAUGAGAAAACAGUCACCAGUUCCGGAGAAAGGAAAAGAGGUGCCUGAACUUGAUUUGUCCAGUGUAUACCUGACCUACACACCAGGUUUGCCACCGGGAACCGCUGAGAAGAAGCCAUCCAGGCCCAAAACUGCAAAAGGGAAGUCAUCACGCCCAAAAACGGCAAAGAGGAAAUCGAAAAUGAAGGAAGAUGAAAGUGCAGAUAUUCAAAUCGAUGAUGCUGAGCUGUACCCAACCUCUAGGAAAUCUUUGAGCCCGCGGAAGAACACGCGGUAGCAGACAGUAAGUGGACCACCUUGUGUGCGAUUUCAAUAAAAAGCCUUUUGAAAAAAAGAAUUUAUGUAGAAAGGAAACUAAAACUAAAUCUAAAUCUGACAAAAACUAAAUUUUGAUGCAAUUGCUAAUUGUUCAUUACAUGUAUUAGCUAUUUAAGUCAGAUUGUAUUCUCAUAGUUGUACAACGUUGAUAAGUUAUUCAAUGCAAACGUGUGUUAUCUGAGUACAUUCACAAUUAAUUCUAAAGUCUUUAGUUUUGCAUAUUCCUUACGACGAGAAA